UUAUUCAUUUUUACAGGAGUUUUCAAGAUGAAUUUUACUGAAUCCAGCCCAUUGGCAGAAUCAACUGCAAUAAGUUUUACACCUGAGUUACAAAGUAUCAUACCUGUACCUUCCAAUGAAACCACUUGUCAAAACUGGAGAGAGAUACAUCAUCUAGUUUUCCAUGUAGCAAAUAUUUGUUUUGCAAUUGGGCUGAUUAUUCCAACCAGUCUUCACCUCCAUAUGAUACUUCUUAGAGGGAUGUUAGCUCUAGGAUGUACCCUUUAUAUCGUCUGGGCCACGCUCUACCGAUGUGCCUUGGAUGUAGUGAUCUGGAGCUCUGUGUUCUUGGGUGUCAACAUUUUGCAUCUUUCAUAUCUUUUGUACAAGAAAAGACCGGUAAAGAUUGAAAAGGAACUCAGUGGCAUCUACAGGCGAUUGUUUGAACCACUCCGUGUGUCUCCAGAUUUGUUCAGAAGAUUAACUGGACAGUUUUGCAUGAUCCAAACCUUGAAAAAGGGUCAGACCUACGCUGUAGAGGACAAAACCUCUGUUGAUGACCGCCUGAGUGUCCUUCUGAAAGGAAAAAUGAAGGUCUCCUAUCGAGGACAUUUUCUGCAUAACAUUUACCCCUGUGCCUUUAUAGAUUCUCCUGAAUUUAGAUCAACCCAGAUGCACAAAGGUGAAAAAUUCCAGGUCACCAUUAUUGCAGACGAUAACUGCAAAUUUUUAUGCUGGUCCAGGGAAAGGUUAACUUACUUUCUAGAAUCAGAACCUUUCCUGUAUGAAAUAUUUAGAUAUAUUAUAGGAAAAGACAUUACAAACAAGCUGUACUCACUGAAUGAUCCUACAUUAAAUGAUAAAAAAGUCAAUAAGCUGGAUCAUAAGCUCAGCCUUUGCACACAGAUCUCCAUGCUGGAAAUGAGGAACAGUAUAGCCAGUUCCAGUGACAGUGAUGAUGGAUUACACCAGUUUCUCCGGGGGACCUCCAGUAUCUCCUCUCUUCAUGUGUCAUCCCCACACCAGCGAGCCUCUGCCAAGAUGAAACCGAUAGAAGAAGGGGUGGAAGAUGACGACGAGGUCUUUGAACCGCCGUCUCCAAACACAUUCAAAGUCCACCGAUGGCCUUGAUUAGAGAGAGGAUUCACGUUACCAAGAUGGAAAUUGUCUUGAAGAGAUCCUGGAAAAUACCAGCACUUUUUUCAUGGCUUUUAGAUUUUUCUGCUUUAGUACAUCCAGACUGGUAGAGUCUGAGGGCAGGAGAGUGGGAAGGUCAAAGAUGAGAAGGUUAUUUUGCCUGUCCUUUUUAUUGGUCAGCUUUUUAAGUAAUGGUUUUACUGAGCUUUCUGACUAAACCUAGUUUUACUUUGAGAUAUAUAUUUUCACAGUAUUUUCUAGUUAUAUUACCAUUUUAACGUAAAAAAUCUUAGUGCUCUCAAGGUACAUGCCUUUCACUUAUUUUUCCAAGUUGUGGUUCUUUUUCUUCACCAUUUGUUCACUGCCAGGGUGAAAGCUGUCCAUUUGAUAGGUUUACCAAGCAAUGUAAAUUUGAAAUUGAGGUUGAGGUAACAUUGAAAAGCCGGGAAUCUCAGGCUUUCUUCAGCUGAUUUUUUUGAUGAGGAAGUUUAGAGAAAGAAGCGGUUUGCCUGGUGGUUAUUUUUCUCCCAGGCCGAACGCAUUAUUCUGCUAGAUCACUUUACUCAUGUGAGCAUUCUGUAGAUAGCUCGAUAAUGAACAAAACUCAUCGGACUUUACUCACGUUACCCUUAUAUUAUUCCAUUUGUAAACUGGUCUGAAACCUGAAGCUGGAAAGAUAACAAAUGGAAGCAGUUCUGAGCUUGGUGUCAAUCUUCAGCUAAAUUCAACUUACCUGUGAUUUUGAGCCAUCUUGUCCCCCACACACUGGUAAAAAAAAAAAAAAAGAAAAAAAGGUAAAACCUGAGGUAGAGAGGACUGGAGAGACAAGUGGCUGAGCAAGGUGUCACAAGGAUGAGGUGACUGAAAGAUGAGCUUCAUUCUUUGGCUUGUAUUCUGGGGUUUUAGUUUGUGCCUUCAGAAGCAUAGAUGUCUCUUUAAAAUAUGUGCCAGAUUCCGAGUGCCACGGCUCUGAAUGUGAGCAUGGCUGUGGGGAGCAGACCAUGCACAGAGGGCAUGCCACAGGACCCAGCCUCAAUCUUCCCAUGACAGGCUUGAUUCCAGAUCUCACUUCUUACCAGAAUCACGGUGUAGAAGACAAGACAGUGGUAUUCAGCUGUGAGGAGCUGAGCAUGGUUUUGCUCAAACCAUCCCUGCGGCUGGUUGGUGUGACUAUGACACCUGGCUAGAUAGAGUGGCCUGGUCACUCAGUUGAAUGAAGCCCAUUGUUUGGAUAUGCCACGUCAUGCCCCAUUCACGUUUAUCUUGUUUCAUCCAUUAGAAGCAACUUUGAGUUGAUCCCCUGUUAUAUUAAGUAGCUGAGAAAAGUUCUAAAGGAAAUUUUUUUCAGAUGACCUGAGCCAAAGGAAACAUCUCUUGCCAAGAGAUGAUUUAUGUUAGAGAAGGUAUAGAACUAAGCUAAUACAGAGUCACCCCAUUUUCCUAAAUCCACUCUUCCUGAGCCAGUUAGUUCGGUAAUUGAGUUAAAUUUUCAUGCUAGGCCACUCACUGAGAUAAUUGACACAGAAUUGGGAACCUAGUUCCGGACAUCUAUUUCAAAUGCGGCUUAUUUAAUAGCACAGUGAAAAGGCUGGUUUUGCAUUACUGCUAUAGUAGUCUCUUGAGUUUGCUAAGUUAGGAAUUUGUUUUGAGGAAGUGAAGCAAAGGUGAAUGACUUGGCCUUGUUUCUGAGAUUAAGAUAUAAUAGGUUGAGCUAUCUCUUUCUGUUCCCGAGUGCACGUGUGUAACUAUAAUGUAGCCGUGUGAAUGCUGUUUUCCCUUCACAACUGGAGUAAGAACACGUCGCUCAUUUAGUUUGCAGAUGCAUAAAGCUAGUUCACCAAAUCACGCUGUAGGGUAAUUAGGUAUUACAUCCUUCCCUAAGAAGACAGUAACUGUAGAUUCUGCUGAGGCCACGUUUUUUAAUGUUCCGUGGAUCCACAGAACCUUGGAGUUCUCUUGCCCUGUCACAUCUUCAGGCUCCUUUCACUUUGUUAACCCCUGACAGCAGAGAGGCUCUUCCAUAAUG